UGUAGCAUUCUCUCUUGUUUUAGUUUCGCCGUACCUUGUUUUUGAAUUUGAACUGCAGUUCCAAUUUUUCGAUGCCAAUAAUGCCUAGUGCGUCAAGCCGAAAUUAUCAUAAUUGGGUGCAAGUGCUCUUUGAUGGGAUUAUGCAAAUUGGAUGCAGCUUUGUGUCCCAAUCAGUUUUCCAGAUUGGAAGCAGUGGGUGUGUCCGGCGGUCAUUCGGCGCUCUGUCAACUGACCAGCGCACCUGUUGCAGCGAAAUCCAUAAAUCAAUCUGCUACGAAACAAGAAACAAGCGAGGAAAAGCCAAUCUGCGAAGAAAGAGAGGGCGACGACGUUUAAAAAUAAAAUAAUGAAUUUCCCAUUUCAACGCACUCUCUUUAUGCUCGCCACGCUACAAAAGUCGAGCAUUCGGACCGGGUGUGUCAUCAGUUCUACGGCGGUAUUCCUCCGACUUGGACGCGUUCUUAUCGCAUGCGAUCGUCUCCGGCCGAAAGUCGCGUCUUUCCCGUUCCGAUUUUAAUGCCAGUUGUUGAUAACUUCCGCUCGAAUAUUUAUGCCGAGCUCGGUGGCUGACACAUUCGAGCCCAAAGUUGAAGUUGCGCCCUAAUUGCGAUUCGGUCCAUACGCUGCGUUCCCCGGUGAUACCUACACCCCCGCGUGACUUGUCGGUUCCCACCAUCAUCCGGAUAGCCCAGUCCCAGUCAUCGAUCCCGAACCGCAUCCAGAGCCCCAGUCCAACCAUGUCCAUUGCCGACAAACGCGCCUCCUUCGCGCGCCGCGCCGAAUCCCUGGUGGAGCGGGUGAGAGUUAUGAAUACCAUUUACGAGAAAUACAAUAUCAGCACAGAGAAAUGCGGGGAUCUGACGGUCAUAGUGCAGGGCGACCUGUCGCAGCAGGAGAAACGCGCCGUGUUCAUCACGGUUCACGACCUGGGCUGCAACCACAACUCAUUCCAGGAGUUCGUGAGCAGCCCCUGCAUGACGGAGAUCAAGGAGCGCUCCUGCUUCAUCCACGUGGACGUGCCGGGGCACGCGGACAACGCGGAGGCCCUGGCCGACGGCUUUCCCUUCCCCUCGCUCCAAUCCCUGGGCGAGGACCUGGUCACCGUGCUGGACUACCUGCACGUGAAGUACGUGAUCGGCCUGGGCGAGGGUGCCGGAGCCAAUGUCCUGGCCCGCUUCGGACUGGCCCAUCCCAGCCGGGUGCUGGGCCUCAUCCUGAUCAACGCCACUGGCAGCGCCGCCAGUGUGGUGCAGUCCUUCAAGAACAAGUUCAUUAGCUGGAAGAGCGACGAGGUGGCCCAGUCGGCUGAGAGCUUUCUGAUGUACCACAAAUUCGGACAUGUUAUGGAGCAAAUCGUGGGCGAGAAUCCGGACAAGGAGAAGAUCGUGGCCGAGUACCAAAAGCGUCUUCACCGAUCCCUGAACAGCAAGAACAUCGGUCUCUAUGUCAAAGCAUUUAUGAAUCGCAAGGACCUCACGCUCAAGGGCUGCAAGGUGGAUGUCAUCCUGAUCACGGGCAUGCUCAGCCCCUACGCAUCCAUGGUCGAGAAGCUCCAUCGCGACGUGGAGAAGGAAAGGGUCACCAUUCUGAAGAUCGAGCGGGCUGGCGAUGUCCUCGCCGAUGCUCCCGGAAAGGUGGCCCAAUCCAUUCUGCUGUUCUGCAAGGGACAGGGUCUGCUCACGUCGGUGGUGAUGCCAGGCGUGGAUCGCGGACGCGCCUUCUCCACGGCUAGCUCCGGAUCGCUGGAGGGGGCCAACGGAUCGCGGCGCCUGUCGCGCGGCAUCUCGAUGGAGGACUACGACAAGCCCAACAUCCGCCGGCUCAGCAUCAUGAACACCAAGCACAUCUUCUCCUUCAACAACGUGUACAUGGACGCCCCACCGCCCACGAAGCCCCCGAGGGGAGUGAAGUACGGCAAGGAUGAGUCCGCAGGAUGUGGCUUCCUGGUCAACGUCAUCAAGUCCCUGGGAUUCAGCGAGACCACCGAGGAGCGCCAGAAGGAGAAGCAGAAGAUCGAGGCGGAAUUCAAGCGCUCGGAUCUGCGGCUGAACGAGCUGGUCUCGCGGCACGACCAGCAGCUUACCCAGGUGCUGCCCCUGUUCAGCCAGGUGUCCUCGGAGGUGACGGCCAGCCGGGAGCGGAUUCAUGCCGUCAAGGAGAACCUUGGUGUCUGCAAGCGGCUGUUGCAGUGCCGGCGCGAUGAGCUCCGGAAGAUGUGGACGGAUGCGGUGCAGCACAAGUACGUUCUGGAGAUGCUGGAGCAAAUCCAGGAGUUGCGCAAAGUGCCUCAAAGGGUGGUGGGCUACACCGCCAAACGACAGUAUCUGCAUGCCAGCAAGGCCUUAACUGAUGCCCUGGCCACCCUCAAUGGACCCUUACAGGCCGUCGAGGGCUUGUCAGAUUUGCGCACCGACCUGCAAACUCGACGCCAGCAGCUGUACCAGCGGCUGCAUGAGGAACUGGUCACCCAGGUGUACACCAACUCGGCCAACGAGGCCCUCUCCUCGUUCCAACGCACCAACUCCAGUAGGCUGAAUUCCAGUUUUACUCGGGGAAUAGGUGCUCGUCGCUCUACGGAUCGCAUCGAGGCCAAUGCUCGAGUGCGCAAGGCGCUGGCCGAAAUGGCACAGAGCUUCGAUUUGGACAAGGCAGAGGUUAUUGAAGACGCAGAUCUCAUUUACCCGGAGCUGAGCAUGAGCUACUUCGUUGCCAUCAUAGUGGAGUCGUUCGGUAUGCUGCACAAGGUGCCUGACUCUCUGGAGACACUGCGCGUCCAAAUCCAAACAGAGUUGCUCAACGUGGUGCGGCACACAACGCAUCAACUGUCUGUGAGUGGAGCAACGGCGGACACCAAUCCGCUCCUCACACUUCUGGAGGUCAUAUUCAAGCAGUUCAAGGCAAUAGCCAAAACGCAUUCCUUGUUGCUGAAGAACUAUUUGUCUGUGGGACAGAAGUACUCUGUGGUUGGACCCCAACCAUACGACCUAACCGAUUUCUGGGCCCAGGCUCAGUCAGUGUUGCAACUGUUGCUCACCGACUACUUGGAUAUACAGAAUGCUGCCGCGGACGAAAGUGCCCAGACGGGGUUUUCAGAGCCCACCAGCAACAUAAAUUCCUAUUUUCUAAGGCGCAAGGUGCCGAGCACCAAGCGCUCAAUGUUCAAGUUCGAUAAGUCAUCGCACGUUGGCACGAGCAGCAAUAGCGACACCUUCAAGGAGCAUCGUCGCAACGCCUCGGAUGCCUCCGUGGAUGACAACCUUGCCGGCCAGCUUGGUGGCAGUGGCAAGGGCUCCACCAGUGGCCUCUUUCCUCACGAGAAAAAGCAGAGGGAAAAAAUACUUAUUUGUACGCCCGAUCAAAGUAUCAUAACCAAAGUGUAUCUACCUCUAAUGGGAUAUAUCAAGGAGAUAGAGAACUUUAUGAAAUGCAAGCCAGGGCAACCCUGCAGUCUACAUGACUUUUUAGACAACUACAUUAAGGACACAUUCCUAUCCAAAGGCCACAACCGCAACCUGCAGCUGACCAUAGAGUCGCUGUCGAAAAAUCAAGACGCAUGGCGCACUAUUAUAAGUCCUGAGGAAAUAAAGGCUCUUAAUCUAAGCAGGCCGUUGCUGCAGUCUACUGUGAUGGUCGAACGGAGGUUAAUGGAAACUAAGAACCUCAUUCAAGACCUGCCCUGCUACUCCGAAGACCUGCUUAAGAUGGUGUGUGCUUUGUUGAAGGCCUAUCGGGAAAUAUGUCAGGCGGCCUACCGCGGAAUUGUGCAGCCAGAUUCAGAGGAUAAGAGAAUUUACAGCGUGGCAUGGCUAAAAGACGAAGAUAUCAGCAGGUUCUUAAAAACGCUUCCCAACUGGACUGACUUAAAGACCUCCAGUCAGAAGUCGCGCCACAACCGAAAACUUCAUCGCGGAAGCUUUGAGCCUUCGGAGGAGGAGAGCCCGUUGCAGGUUCAGCAGCGCAACAUCCGCGAGGCUGAAAUGCUGACCAGUAAUUUGGGCGAGGGUGGGAUCACCCAGCAAGAGAUUUUGGUCGAGAUCAGUGUGCUUAAGGAGCUGGCCAUACUGCAGGAGAGCAUGGAGUGGUUCUCGUGCCGCGUGUCGGAAUUUGCCAACGACUUACGCCGGCCGUUGGUGAACGGACUGAACGCCGUUCCUGCUGAGUGCGGCGCCGACAUUGCUGUGAAGGAUGGUACGAUCAAAGUGAUGACUAAUCUGGCUUUGGAGUUUGAUGAGCUGGCGAACACCUGCCUGCUGGUAUUGCAUCUGGAGGUGCGCGUUCAAUGCUUCCACUAUCUGCGCUCAAAGUCGAGUGUAAGGACCAACAGCUAUGUGGGCUCCAAGGAUGACAUCCUGGAGCCCGACCGCCAGGUGCAAGUGCUAACCAAACGGCUGUCUGAGAUGGAUGAGGCGUUCAGUGCCACUCUACAUCCGAGGAAAACCAGGUACAUUUUCGAGGGUCUGGCGCACUUGGCAUCGCGCAUUCUUAUCCAGGCCUCCAAUUAUCUGGAGCACAUAGAUCAAAUAACCGUGCAGCGCAUGUGCAGGAACGCGAUCGCCCUACAGCAAACAUUGAGUAACAUAACUGCCUCCAGAGAAGUGGCUUUGGAUCAGGCGAGGCACUUCUAUGAGCUGCUUUGCAUGGAACCCGAUGAAAUACUCAAUGCGUUGCUGGAGCGGGGCACCCAGUUCUCGGAGAUGCAGCUGCUCAAUGCCUUGCAGUUGUCCUGCAAGUCCUUCGGCAUAACUGACGCCAAUCUCCUGGCUUCCUAUCAGCAGAAGUUGUCGGACAUACUAGGCGCCAAGCCCUCGAAGGGAAUAGUUGUGUAGUUAGCGUGGCAGCCGGCGGGUAAAACCAAUUUUAAUAUCCAUACUUUUGUGUACAUCGGCUGCAGGUGUAAGUGCAAAUUGUGUGUUAGGGUUAAGCUCAAAAUAAUUGCGAAUGUUCUGAACAUGUUUGGCGAGCACUUAGUGUUACGAUGUAGCCGUUUGUAAAGAUACAUAUUCUAAAGUUCAUUAACAGUACUUUAAUGGCCUAUACACAAUAAAUGAGAAUUCAACAACGAUA